AUGAGGGAUGAGCCGGCGUGGGCCCUCUUCGCAACGACGGUGGUGAGCCACCUGCCGAUGAUCCCUACGGCGUAUCUGUUUUGGAAGCGUCGUUACGUGUACGAGAUGUGCAUCGCGACCUUUGGUCUUGCCUCGUCUCUGCUGUACCACACCUGCCAGUCGUUCGACGCGACGAUGUUCCUCGACGAGCUCGGCUGGCACCGCCUAGACAACAUCGCCGUCCUUGCGGGGAUGGGGAUGUGGUUUGUCUUCAUCUGCACCUUCAAGAACCCGGUGGUGGAGCGCAGCGCCAAGUACUUCACACUGCUAGCGAGCGUCCUCAUCGAGGAGAAGGACCCAUGGAAUGUGGCGUACACUGUCGCACCCAUUGUUCUCUUUGCGUGCAUCCCGCUCGCAGUGUUUCUGUACAGUAGGCGGCUUCCGGCGGUUGAGUACCGCCAUCUCGUCACUGCUGCCGUAUUUAUGGGGUUUGCCGUCCCUUUCUUUAUCGCCGGGCUGGACGACGCGGAGGAUCCCUGCCGCAUCUACCACGGCCUGUGGCACCUUCUCGGUGGCAUUGCCUCCUACUUCAUGUGGCUGAUGGUGAAGACGCCCGGCGCCACGGGCCCGUACCCCAAGGCGAGCUCCCUUGCCGUCCGCGGCGAUGCGCUGCUCUGA